AUGCUUCCAUCAUUUGUCUUCGGUCUCGUCGCAGUGCUCCUUGUUGGAGUCCAGGCCGAUCUCUGUGAGAAAGGCUCAACCCAGAUUGAGGGUAACGUGUACUGCCAGCCAGUAGAAGCAAUCCGCUAUUCUAAUGUAGGGGCAUCGGGUACGUAUAACGAGGUCACCAAGAUGGGGAUUGAUGGAACUUGCGCCUCAACCCCGAAGAAUUUCAACGGCCCAUUGGCGCCACUCAACGAGGAGGUAAGUGAAAAACAUCAAUGAGCAAUCUUCUUUGAAAGAUCGACCACUGAUAUUCUUUACAGCUGUCCCUGCACUUCCGUGGUCCUGUACAUUUAAAGCAACUGGCAACAUAUCAACUCUCCACAACAAAUAGAUUUAAGCGUAGUAUAUUGCAAGAGAAGAAACACAAUCGACACAGACACCAGAUCAUCCACCAAGCUCGUGCUAACAAUCCAAUUGUGGAGCGACAAGAGGUGGUCACCGCCACAAUUGAUGGAAAAGUAGUCUCUUGGAUUAACCAGUAUACUGGAGGACCAGGAGGAGAUGGCCCCAAGGCUACAAACCAAAUUGUUACAGCCACUAUUGAUGGCGUUGUCCAGACCUGGGCGAACAACUGGUUCGGAGAAAGUACAAGUGCAUCUCCAAAGACUGUUUCCACUGCAACACCCGUGGCACCUCAGCCUAAAGGUAGUUGGCGCCCUUGACACACUUAUGUCUAACGGUUUUGUGCUGAUAGAUCAUAGUCCCUUCCUCUGGACCGGGGGUUUCGAUUCAUCAGCAGAUUGUAGUUCCAACUUCUUCGCCAAAGGCCUCCUCAGCUGAGCAUCGUGUCAGCUCUUCCACUGGCAACUUCGAGCGCACUGGAUAUUAUAACGCAGAGGAGCAGACGGUUGAUAAUUUGGUAUUCUUGGGUAAUUAUGGCGGCCAAGGCUCAGGAGUUUUCGACUAGUACGCGUGUUCCUUUUCUUUUCGUGGCGACUCGCUAAUAUUUCGACAGCCAUUUUGGGGCUUCGCUUGCCUAUGCCAACUGCUCUGGAACUGGAGGAGCAUCUUCUCCUCAGAUUCUAUCAGAUGAGAUCGUCCCCUCCGAUGCUGAAAUAAUUGUGAUGCUCGAUAAGAAAUGCAAGGGCGACUCCUGUGGUUAUGUGCGCCCAGGGACAGUCGCUCAUCGUGAGUUAUCUGGAUAAAAGAUGGGUGCUAAGCAGUUCCUAACAGAGCAUAGAUGGAUUUGAUGGCUCCGACAAGCUCUUCCUUAUGGAGUUCUCUAUGCCCAGUGACGGGAAGUCUGGCUUUAAUGCUGAUAUGCCUGCAAUUGUAAGUUUCUGUUCUUUGCUUCCUCGAGCAGCCAGCUAAUUAUUCGCAGUGGUUACUUAAUGCCAAAAUUCCCCGCACUCUCCAAUACGGAAAGGCCGAAUGCUCAUGCUGGGAAUCUGGUUGUGGCGAAUUUGAUAUUGUCGAGGCGUUACAUUCAGGUUCGACGUAUUUGAAAUCGACGAUACACACGAAUACCCCGGCUGGAGAUUCUGACUACAUUCCGCGACCAAUUUCGAGUACCAUGAAACUCGCUGUAAUUUUCAGCUCCGCUGACUCGUCCAUCCAUGUCGAAAUACUCCCCAGCAGCACCGAGUUUGCAGCGCAACUUUCGGCAAGCGAUCUAGACAAGUUAUGCAAUUCGGCGGCAGGAAGAACCGUUUCGAAAAUCCAUUUGUAA